AAUCUCUCUCCAUUUACAUUUAGCAACUAAAAAAACUAAUUCUUUCUCAUUUUCUAAUGCAAUAAAUUAGCUAAAAAAAUCCCAUAUUCCAUCCAGAUUCCAGAGUAAUCCACCAUAAAUUAAACCAAUUUCUUUCUCACAUCUUAUACGGAAACCCAGAUCUUGUCUUGAACUUGAAGACCCAUCUAUCAGAUUCAUCCCGAGAACGAAAAAAGAGUAACGUCUGGAGAAGAUGAUCGAGAGGUGUUUGGGAGCUCACCGCUGUCGGAAAAUCCAGAGAGCCCUCCGCCACCUGAAGGUUACGGUCCUCUGUCUCGUCCUCACGGUCGUCGUCCUGCGUGGCACCAUCGGCGCCGGGAAAUUCGGAACCCCGGAGCAGGACAUCGCCGAGAUCCGAGAACAUUUUUACACGCGCAAACGCGCCGAGCCCCACCGCGUCCUUGUAGAAGUCCAGACCGGAGAAUCCUCCUCCGGCGGCGGAGAUGGCGGCGGCGGCGGGUCAGAAGGAAGCAACAAUUACGAGACGUUUGACAUCAACAAGAUCUUUGUGGACGAAGGAGAGGAGGAGAAACCUGACCAGAAUAAACCGUACUCUCUCGGACCCAAAAUAUCCGAUUGGGACGAGCAGAGAUCCGAAUGGCUGAAAAAGAAUCCUAAUUUCCCGAAUUUCCUCGGACCCAACAAGCCUCGAGUGCUGUUGGUAACUGGGUCUGCGCCUAAACCGUGCGAGAACCCUGUCGGAGACCACUACCUCCUGAAAUCGAUCAAGAACAAGAUCGAUUACUGCAGGUUACACGGGAUUGAGAUCUUCUACAACAUGGCUCUUCUCGAUGCGGAAAUGGCGGGUUUCUGGGCGAAGCUCCCGUUGAUCCGGAAGCUCCUGCUUUCGCACCCUGAGAUCGAGUUCCUGUGGUGGAUGGACAGUGAUGCCAUGUUUACGGACAUGGCCUUCGAGCUUCCAUGGGAAAGGUACAAGGAUUACAACCUCGUGAUGCACGGAUGGAACGAGAUGGUUUACGAUCAGAAGAACUGGAUUGGGUUGAACACCGGAAGUUUCCUGCUUAGGAACUGUCAAUGGGCGCUUGAUUUGUUGGAUACUUGGGCUCCGAUGGGUCCCAAAGGGAAGAUCCGUGAAGAAGCAGGUAAGCUUCUGACACGGGAGCUCAAGGAUCGACCUGUCUUCGAAGCUGAUGAUCAGUCCGCAAUGGUUUAUCUGCUCGCUACCCAGCGAGAGACUUGGGGCAACAAGGUCUACUUGGAAAGCGCGUAUUAUCUGCACGGAUACUGGGGAAUUCUUGUGGACCGAUAUGAAGAGAUGAUCGACAACUACCACCCGGGUCUCGGUGACCAUAGAUGGCCACUGGUUACCCACUUUGUGGGUUGCAAGCCCUGCGGGAAGUUCGGGGAUUACCCGGUGGAACGGUGCCUGAAACAGAUGGACAGAGCAUUUAACUUUGGCGACAACCAGAUUCUGCAGAUAUACGGCUUCACUCACAAGUCUCUGGCAAGCCGAAGAGUGAAGAGAGUCAGGAACGAGACAAGCAACCCUCUAGACGUGAAAGACGAGCUCGGGUUGCUCCACCCGACGUUCAAGGCGGUUAAGGUUCAGACCAAUCCGGUUUGAUGGCUGGAUUUAGGACUCAGGUCUCUUCUCUUUCUAUCCUCUAUCCUCUGUCUCUUGUCUUUUGCUGUACUGUUUUUGUACUAUGGAUUGGUAUACUCCUGUACUGUGCAGAGACAUCCGUAUUCUUUGGUUCCUUGUUUAAGUCUUAAGAGCUCUAUAAUGAAACCGCUGUCAGUUUGUUUCUU